GAAAAGCCAGAAAAUGCGUCAGAAGCAAUUUUUUAUUUGUCUACCAGGAAAAUAACUUUGAAAAAACGAAAAUAUUUAAAUAACUGACGUUGAGUUCUGUUUAACGCAUUCAGUCAAUCCGCAAUGCUCAACUUCUUGGCAACAACCGGUUUGCUGGCCAUUAUUUUGUCGGCCACAUCUCCAGCUCUGAUUGGAGACUUAGCAACAAUGGAAAGAAAAAUUUCCAAGUUCGGGGGUAAAAAGUUUCCCCAAGGACAACUUAUGGACGUUGACGAGCGAUUCCGUUGGCCAGACAAUACCAUCCCAUGGGAUUAUGAUCCUUCCUCAAGUUUCAGUGCGUCUGAAAAAGCAAUCAUAGAAGCAGCUUUUCAAGAAAUGAAUACCAAGAGUUGCGUCACAUUUGUCCAACGAACAACCGAAGAAACUUAUGUCAGAGUCGGUAAUGAAAAUGCUGGAUGUUUUGUUUUGAACCGUGGUUACAUAAGUGACACGUGGCCUAAUUAUUUGCUAAACUUGGAGUCAAAUAGCUACUGCUUCGAAAAGGGAACCAGAAUACCAAUGCAUGAGAUGGGUCACAUACUGGGGCUCAGUCAUGAGCACAUAAGAUACGACAGAGAUCUCUACAUACGUAUUAUCUGGCAAAACAUCAGCAAGGACGGAUGGCCUCAAUAUACGAAGCGGUCACGACUCGGCGUGUUCUCUAACUUGCCCUAUGAUUUCAAAAGUAUUAUGCACUACCAUUUGACCGACGAUGGGAAAAAGUCCAUAGAAAUUUUGAGUGGAGUGGACACGGGACUUGCAAAUAUCAGCCAAAUAGGCAACCUUCCGGAUUUGAGCGAAUCGGACAUUUCCAGAAUUAAUUCGGCUUAUAAUUGCAAUUAAUUUUUACAUUUCAGUGGUAAAUUUUUAUGUGAACCUUCAAAAUGGAAAUAUAAAAUAAGUUGCGAAGCUUAUAGUUGGAAAUAUAAUUAUGAUAUAAAGCGGCUGUAUUUUUUUUUGGUUUGGUAAAAUUUGCAUUAGAAAAUUGGGCGUAAUUCACACAAAUUUUAGUCCGGUCGCACCAAGGUCAGCCCGUUCACGUGACCAGAAA